UAAGUGGAAUUACAUUUCUUUGGGAAACUGAUCAUAAAGCAUUAACACAAUUAAAUAAAAAAGCACAAAUUAAUAAACGAUGUGAAAGAUGGAGAUUAAAAAUUUUAGAAUAUGAUUUCAAAGUGAAAUACAUUCCUGGUUUAACAAAUUCAAUGCCUGAUUAUUUAUCAAGGUCUCCAGUCGAUGAUCCUGAAGAAGAUCCCGAUGAAACUACGCAUCUUAUUUCAAAAUCAACACAAACCGAUAUUUCAAAUGUUAAUAAUCAUUCAUCUAUUGUCGCAGCUGUUCAAACUCGUGCUAUGAAAUUACGAAAUCAAACUUUAAAUGAUAUUACCGAUACACCAAAAUUAACAUCAGAUUCUCUAAAUACUUCUACUGAAGAGAAUCGCACAACUCCAUUUACAAUUGAUGAAUUAAUACAAGCUCAACAGAAUGAUGAAUAUGCAAAGAAAAUUAUUAACAACAUUAAGAAUUAUAAAAAUUAUAUUAUGAAAAAUAAUCUCUUGAUGCGUCGAUUAAAAACUCCAGUUCCUUACGUACCACAAGGUGAUUUUCGAAAAACAAUUUUACAAAUUUAUCAUGAUACUGCAGCAAAUGGUGCUCAUUUUGGAAGAGAUAAAACAGUACAUAAAAUUAAACAACGUUAUUUUUGGCCAUCAAUGUACAAAGAUAUUAAUAAUUAUAUUAAAUCAUGUAUUCCAUGUGCACAAUUUAAUCCUCGUCGACAAAAAAAUCCUGGUACUUUAAGACCUAUUAAACCUCCUGAUGGAGUAUGGCAAUUAGUAUCAAUGGAUUUUCAUGGACCUAUUACUCCAACAUCACAACGUGGAAAUAAAUAUAUCAUAUCUCUUACUGAUGUGUUAUCAAAAUUCGUCGUUACAAAAGCUGUACGUGAUAAUACAGCUCAAACAGUUGUUAGAUUUCUUAAAGAAGAUAUUAUUUCAAAAUUCGGUACUCCACGAUGUAUUCUUACUGAUGACGGAACUCAUUUUACAUCAACACUAAUGAAUGAAUUAAUUAAACAAAUUGGAACAACACAUUUAUAUUCAACACCAUAUCAUCCUCAAACAAAUGGUCAAGUUGAAAGAUAUAAUUCAACUAUGGAUGCAAAAAUUGCAGCUUUAUCAAAUUUACGUAAAACCGAUUGGGAUGAUCAAUUACCAUUCGUUACAUUCAAUUACAAUGCUUCAAUUCAUUCUUCAACAAAACAAAUACCAUUCGAAAUGAUGUACGGUCGAUCACCUGUAUUACCAUUCGAUCAUCAAGAUACAAAUGUUACAUUAUCACAUGAUUCUGAACAUGUAAAUAAACUUCAACAAUUUUUAUCAAAUUUACAUGAACAAGCUAAACUCAAUAUUAUAAAAAAUCAACAACGAUAUCAACAACGAUACGAUGUAAAUCGUUCUAAUCCAUCAUACAAUAUUGGUGAUUUAGUUCUUGUGAAAACACUCAACAUCCGUUAUAAAUUUGAUAUUCGUUAUGAAGGACCAUUUAGAAUCAUUCAAACAAUUACACCCAAAACAUUUAUCGUUCAACACGUCAAAAAACCAACGUUAUAUCGUCAAGUUACAACCGACGUGUUAUUACCAAUAUUCGAACGACUUUAUUAA